UGUGUGUGUGUGUGUGUGUGUUUUCACGAACCAGUAACCCGAUCUCUCGUUACCACCCCCACUGCUGCCUCCUGGGUAUACCCAAUGCUUUCAACACAUGUGUCCUCUGGAGGCUUGAUCUCAGAGCAUUUACAUUCGGCUUGGCUUCCCAGCUUGCAAACUGCAGUGAGCCAGCCCCUGGGAAGCUUCGGAGACUCGUCAGCAAUCUAGCUUAUUCCUGUGUGUGUGUGUGUGUGUGUGUGUGUGUGUGUGCAGCGCACACGCGCGUAUGCCUCUCUCUCUCUCUCACCAUUUCCAAGCUAGAAUCACCGUGGAAGCAAGCCCUGAAAUCUUCUUGUCCAAGAUCUUAUCUCAGGGUAAUGACUAGCUAAAAAAAAAAAAAAGAAAGAGAGAGAAGAAAGAGAAAGGAAGGAAGGAAAGAAGGAAGAAAACAAAGGGUUGAAAUAUUGAUUUUUCUUUGGAAGAAUAACCAGGGCUUUGCUGGAGAGAACACCCAGUUUCUCCCCGAGGCAAGCCGAGCAGCCCGAGUUGCCCGUGACAGCAGCCAGGGCUGGCUUGAAGCAGCCGCUCUGCCUGGGGAGUUCCCUAAAUGGACUUUGGUCUCAAUGCUGUGACUCUUUGUCGUGGGUUUGGAUGUGGGAACACAGAAGGUGAUCUCCUGUCUCGUCUCAACUCCCCCGAUCUCAAGGAAAGAUGAGCGAAGAGCCAAAGGAGAAACCGGCCAAGCCUGCUCAUAGGAAGAGGAAAGGAAAAAAGUCUGAUGCCAACGCAAGUUACUUGAGAGCAGCUCGGGCAGGGCACCUGGAAAAGGCCCUUGACUACAUCAAAAAUGGAGUGGACGUCAACAUCUGUAACCAGAAUGGGUUGAACGCACUCCAUCUUGCUUCCAAAGAAGGCCACGUAGAAGUGGUCUCCGAGCUGCUGCAGAGGGAAGCCAACGUCGAUGCAGCCACAAAGAAAGGAAACACAGCCUUACACAUCGCUUCUUUGGCUGGGCAAGCGGAAGUGGUCAAGGUCUUGGUUACGAAUGGAGCAAACGUCAACGCACAAUCUCAGAAUGGCUUCACGCCGUUGUAUAUGGCGGCCCAGGAGAACCACCUGGAAGUCGUCAGGUUUCUUCUGGACAAUGGUGCCAGCCAAAGCCUGGCCACAGAGGACGGCUUCACGCCAUUGGCCGUGGCUCUGCAACAAGGUCACGACCAAGUCGUGUCCCUCCUGCUCGAGAACGACACGAAGGGAAAAGUGCGCCUCCCAGCCCUCCACAUCGCGGCCCGGAAAGACGACACCAAGGCGGCAGCUCUGCUCCUGCAGAACGACACCAACGCAGACGUGGAGUCAAAGAGUGGCUUCACUCCGCUCCACAUAGCUGCCCACUAUGGGAACAUCAAUGUGGCCACGUUGCUGUUAAACCGAGCCGCUGCCGUGGACUUCACAGCACGGAAUGACAUCACUCCUUUACAUGUUGCCUCGAAGCGAGGAAACGCAAACAUGGUGAAGCUAUUGCUGGACCGGGGUGCGAAGAUCGACGCCAAGACCAGGGACGGUCUGACCCCGCUGCACUGUGGGGCGAGAAGUGGCCACGAGCAGGUGGUAGAGAUGUUGCUUGACAGAGCCGCCCCCAUCCUUUCAAAAACUAAGAAUGGACUGUCGCCCCUGCACAUGGCCACACAAGGAGACCAUUUAAACUGCGUCCAACUCCUCCUCCAGCACAACGUGCCCGUGGACGACGUCACCAACGACUACCUGACCGCCCUCCACGUGGCGGCCCACUGCGGCCACUACAAAGUUGCCAAGGUUCUCUUGGAUAAGAAAGCUAACCCCAAUGCCAAAGCCCUGAAUGGCUUCACCCCUCUCCAUAUCGCCUGCAAAAAGAACCGCAUCCGGGUGAUGGAACUCCUUUUGAAGCACGGUGCAUCUAUUCAAGCCGUAACCGAGUCGGGCCUUACCCCAAUCCAUGUUGCUGCCUUCAUGGGACAUGUAAAUAUCGUGUCACAGCUAAUGCAUCAUGGAGCCUCCCCAAACACCACCAACGUGAGAGGAGAAACAGCAUUGCAUAUGGCGGCUCGGUCCGGGCAAGCAGAGGUGGUGCGGUAUCUGGUCCAGGAUGGAGCUCAGGUAGAAGCCAAAGCUAAGGAUGACCAGACCCCACUCCACAUUUCAGCCCGACUCGGGAAGGCUGACAUAGUGCAACAACUGUUACAGCAAGGAGCGUCCCCCAAUGCAGCAACAACUUCUGGGUACACCCCCCUUCACCUUUCAGCCAGAGAGGGGCAUGAGGAUGUAGCUGCGUUCCUUCUGGAUCAUGGAGCAUCUUUAUCCAUAACAACAAAGAAGGGAUUCACUCCUCUGCAUGUGGCUGCAAAAUAUGGAAAGCUUGAAGUCGCAAGUCUCCUGCUACAGAAGAGUGCGUCUCCUGAUGCCGCUGGGAAGAGCGGGCUAACUCCACUGCAUGUAGCAGCGCAUUACGAUAAUCAGAAAGUGGCCCUUCUGCUUUUGGACCAGGGAGCCUCACCCCACGCCGCCGCGAAGAAUGGUUAUACACCGCUGCACAUCGCCGCCAAGAAGAACCAGAUGGACAUAGCCACAUCCCUGCUGGAGUACGGUGCUGAUGCCAAUGCAGUUACCCGGCAAGGCAUUGCGUCCGUCCAUCUUGCGGCGCAGGAAGGGCACGUGGACAUGGUGUCGCUGCUCCUAAGCAGGAACGCAAACGUCAAUCUAAGCAAUAAGAGCGGCCUCACACCACUCCACCUGGCUGCUCAAGAAGACCGAGUGAAUGUGGCUGAGGUCCUUGUCAACCAAGGGGCCCACGUGGACGCACAGACUAAGAUGGGCUACACCCCGCUCCAUGUGGGCUGUCACUAUGGAAACAUCAAAAUAGUCAAUUUUCUGCUGCAGCAUUCUGCAAAAGUUAACGCCAAGACAAAGAACGGAUACACACCACUGCACCAGGCUGCUCAACAGGGCCACACGCAUAUCAUCAACGUCUUGCUCCAGAACAACGCCUCCCCCAAUGAACUCACUGUGAAUGGGAACACAGCCCUGGCCAUCGCCCGGCGCCUUGGCUACAUCUCGGUGGUUGACACACUGAAGGUCGUGACAGAGGAAAUUAUGACCACCACUACCAUCACGGAGAAGCACAAAAUGAAUGUCCCAGAAACGAUGAAUGAAGUCCUCGAUAUGUCAGAUGAUGAAGUAAGGAAAGCCAGCGCCCCCGAAAAGCUCAGUGAUGGGGAAUAUAUCUCGGACGGUGAAGAAGGCGAAGAUGCCAUCACAGGGGAUACUGACAAGUAUCUUGGGCCACAGGACCUCAAGGAGCUGGGCGAUGACUCCCUGCCUGCCGAAGGUUACGUGGGCUUCAGUCUUGGAGCCCGUUCUGCCAGCCUCCGCUCCUUCAGUUCGGAUAGGUCCUACACCCUGAACAGAAGCUCCUACGCGCGGGACAGCAUGAUGAUCGAGGAACUCCUGGUACCAUCCAAAGAGCAGCACCUUACAUUCACGAGGGAGUUUGAUUCUGACUCCCUCAGACACUACAGUUGGGCAGCAGACACGUUAGACAAUGUGAACCUGGUCUCAAGCCCCGUGCAUUCUGGCUACUCGUCUCCGCUGCCUCAGUAUGACUCAAGGUUUCUGGUUAGCUUUAUGGUGGACGCGAGAGGGGGCUCCAUGCGAGGAAGCCGCCACCAUGGGAUGCGGAUCAUCAUCCCUCCGCGCAAGUGUACGGCCCCCACCCGCAUCACGUGCCGCCUGGUAAAGAGACAUAAACUGGCCAACCCACCCCCCAUGGUGGAAGGAGAGGGAUUAGCCAGUAGGCUGGUAGAAAUGGGUCCUGCGGGGGCACAAUUUUUAGGCCCCGUCAUUGUGGAAAUCCCUCAUUUUGGAUCCAUGAGAGGAAAGGAGAGGGAACUCAUUGUCCUUCGGAGCGAGAACGGCGAGACCUGGAAGGAACACCAGUUUGACAGUAAAAAUGAAGACCUCGCAGAGCUCCUCAAUGGCAUGGAUGAAGAACUUGACAGCCCAGAAGAGUUGGGCACAAAGCGCAUCUGCAGAAUCAUCACAAAGGAUUUCCCCCAGUAUUUCGCAGUGGUUUCCCGGAUUAAGCAGGAAAGCAACCAGAUUGGUCCCGAAGGUGGAAUUCUGAGCAGCACCACCGUCCCCCUGGUCCAGGCGUCUUUCCCAGAGGGAGCCUUAACCAAGAGGAUCCGCGUGGGUCUCCAGGCUCAGCCCGUGCCAGAGGAAACUGUGAAAAAAAUCCUUGGAAACAAAGCAACAUUCAGCCCAAUUGUCACAGUGGAGCCAAGAAGGAGGAAAUUCCAUAAGCCAAUCACCAUGACCAUUCCAGUGCCCCCGCCCUCAGGAGAAGGCGUGUCCAAUGGGUACAAGGGGGAUACCACGCCCAACCUGCGGCUCCUCUGCAGCAUCACAGGGGGUACCUCGCCGGCUCAGUGGGAAGACAUCACAGGAACAACCCCUCUGACGUUCAUAAAGGAUUGUGUGUCUUUCACAACCAAUGUUUCAGCCAGAUUCUGGCUGGCGGACUGCCAUCAGGUGUUAGAAACAGUAGGGCUAGCCUCACAGCUGUACAGAGAGUUGAUAUGCGUCCCCUACAUGGCCAAGUUUGUUGUGUUUGCCAAAACAAAUGACCCGGUGGAAUCCUCUCUGAGGUGCUUCUGUAUGACGGACGACAGGGUGGACAAGACACUGGAGCAGCAGGAGAACUUCGAGGAGGUUGCCAGAAGCAAAGACAUUGAGGUUCUAGAAGGAAAGCCCAUCUACAUUGAUUGCUAUGGAAACCUGGCCCCUCUGACCAAAGCAGGACAGCAGCUUGUUUUUAACUUUUAUUCUUUCAAAGAAAACAGACUGCCAUUUUCCAUCAAGGUUAGAGACACCAGCCAAGAGCCCUGCGGCCGCCUAUCUUUCCUAAAGGAGCCGAAGACGACAAAGGGGUUACCCCAAACGGCAGUUUGCAACUUAAAUAUUACUCUACCAGCGCAUAAAAAGCUUGCGUUGUGUGCUCCUACUCAGUCCUUCUCAUAUCCUGACACUGUUUUCCCUGCUGUCCAUUAUAAUAUUCCUUGUCUCUGCAAUGCAUCUUGGGACCAAAAGGAGACAGAGUCAGAUCAAGAUGAUGAGGCUGAGAAAGCAGAGAGACGGCAGAGCUUCGCAUCCCUAGCUUUACGUAAGCGCUACAGCUACUUGACUGAACCCAGCAUGAAAACAGUUGAACGGAGUUCAGGAACAGCAAGAUCCCUCCCCACCACUUAUUCACACAAGCCAUUCUUUUCUACAAGACCAUACCAGUCCUGGACCACGGCUCCCAUCACAGUGCCCGGGCCGGCCAAGUCAGGCUCCUUAUCCAGCUCCCCUUCUAACACGCCGUCAGCUUCUCCGUUAAAAUCCAUAUGGUCUGUCUCGACGCCUUCUCCGAUCAAAUCCACGUUAGGCGCCUCAACUACAUCUUCGGUCAAAUCCAUUAGUGAUGUGGCAUCUCCUAUUAGAUCUUUCCGGACAAUUUCUUCGCCGAUAAAAACGGUGGUGUCGCCAUCUCCGUACAAUCCCCAGGUUGCCCAAGGAACCCUUGGGAGGGUUCCCACCAUCACAGAGGCCACACCCAUAAAGGGGCUGGCUCCCAACUCAACUUUUUCCUCUCGAACUUCUCCAGUGACGACCGCAGGGUCUCUGUUGGAGAGGUCCUCCAUCACCAUGACACCCCCUGCCUCCCCCAAAUCCAACCUCACUAUGUAUUCCUCCAGCUUGCCAUUUAAGUCCAUUAUCACAUCAGCGGCACCGCUGAUCUCUUCCCCUUUAAAGUCAGUGGUGUCUCCGACCAAGUCUGCAGCUAAUGUCAUCUCAACAGCUAAAGCUACGAUGGCAUCGUCUCUCUCCUCCCCCUUAAAGCAGAUGUCCGGACAUGCAGAGGUAGCGCUAGUCAAUGGGUCUGUUUCUCCUCUGAAGUACCCUUCAUCCUCAGCUUUAAUUAACGGAUGCAAAGCCACUGCCACAUUACAGGACAAAAUUUCUACAGCCACAAACGCUGUGAGCUCAGUGGUGAGCGCAGCCUCUGACACGGUGGAGAAAGCACUCUCCACCACAACAGCCAUGCCCUUCUCCCCACUCAGGUCGUACGUUUCUGCAGCCCCCUCGGCUUUCCAGUCCCUUAGAACUCCCUCUGCAAGUGCACUGUACACCUCCCUCGGGUCUUCGAUAGCUGCUACUACCUCAUCCGUAACUUCAUCAAUAAUCACAGUGCCAGUAUACUCGGUAGUCAAUGUUUUACCAGAACCAGCAUUGAAGAAACUCCCAGACUCUAACUCGCUCACCAAGUCGGCAGCCGCUUUGCUGUCACCCAUUAAAACAUUGACUACAGAGACGUGCCCUCAGCCUCAUUUCAACCGAACUUCAUCUCCAGUCAAGUCGUCUCUGUUCCUGGCAUCCUCGGCCCUUAAGCCAUCGGUACCGUCUUCUUUAUCAUCCAGUCAGGAGAUCUUAAAGGAUGUGGCUGAGAUGAAGGAGGACCUCAUGAGGAUGACCGCCAUACUGCAGACGGAUGUGUCUGAGGAGAAGCCAUUCCAGCCCGACCUUCCCAGGGAAGGGAGAAUAGACGAUGAAGAACCUUUCAAAAUCGUUGAGAAAGUAAAGGAAGACUUAGUCAAAGUCAGCGAGAUACUCAAAAAGGAUGUGUGUGUCGAGAGCAAAGGGCCACCCAAGUCCCCAAAGAAUGACAAAGGACACUCUCCAGAGGAUGACUGGACGGAAUUUAGUUCCGAGGAAAUACGAGAAGCCAGGCAGGCAGCAGCCAGUCACAGCCCGUCUCUGCCGGAGAGAGUGCACGGGAAGGCCAACCUCACUAGAGUCAUUGACUACCUGACCAAUGACAUCGGGAGCAGCUCACUGACCAACUUAAAGUACAAGUUUGAAGAGGCUAAGAAGGAUGGCGAGGAGAGACAGAAGAGGAUUUUAAAGCCAGCCAUGGCCUUGCAGGAGCAUAAACUCAAAAUGCCACCGGCCUCCAUGAGGCCUUCCACCUCUGAGAAGGAACUGUGCAAGAUGGCUGACUCUUUCUUUGGAACUGAUGCCAUCCUAGAGUCUCCCGAUGACUUUUCUCAGCACGACCAAGACAAAAGUCCCUUGUCCGACAGUGGCUUUGAAACCCGGAGUGAGAAAACACCUUCGGCCCCGCAAAGUGCCGAGAGCACCGGCCCUAAGCCACUGUUUCACGAAGUUCCCAUCCCUCCUGUCAUCACAGAGACAAGAACUGAAGUGGUUCACGUGAUCAGGAGCUACGAGCCCUCUCCUGGGGAGAUCCCCCAGUCCCAGCCAGAGGACCCCAUGUCUCCUAAGCCCUCCCCUCCAUUUAUGGAGUUGGAACCCAAGCCGACCACCUCUAGCAUUAAGGAAAAAGUAAAAGCAUUUCAGAUGAAAGCCAGUAACGAGGAAGAGGAGCAUAGCCGGGUUUUAAGCAAAGGCAUGCGUGUCAAAGAAGAGACUCACAUCACCACGACCACCAGGAUGGUGUAUCACUCCCCUCCUGGCGGUGAGUGCGCCUCCGAAAGAAUCGAGGAGACCAUGUCAGUCCAUGACAUUAUGAAAGCCUUUCAGUCUGGGCGAGACCCUUCCAAAGAGCUGGCGGGGCUGUUUGAACACAAGUCGGCCAUGUCUCCGGAAGUUGCCAAGUGUGCUGCUGAGACCUCAGCCCAGCACGCAGAGAAGGACAGCCAAAUGAAACCCAAACUGGAGCGCAUUAUAGAGGUCCACAUCGAAAAAGGUAACCAAGCCGAACCCACUGAAGUCAUUAUUAGAGAGACCAAAAAGCAUCCCGAGAAGGAAAUGUCUGUGUAUCAGAAAGACUUGUCCCGGGGAGACCUUAACUUAAAAGAUUUUCUGCCAGACAAACACGAUGCUUUCCCCUGCCCCGAGGAGCAGGGUCCGCAAGAAGAAGAAGAGCUCGCAGCCGAACAGUCUUUGCCUUCUUAUCUGGAAUCUUCCAGAGUAAACACGCCAGGGUCCCAAGAAGAAGAUAGCCGCCCUAGUUCCGCACAGCUCCUAUCCGACGACUCGUAUAAAACACUGAAGCUUUUGAGUCAGCACUCCGUAGAGUACCAUGAUGAUGAGUUGUCAGACUUAAGAGGGGAGUCUUACAGGUUUGCUGAGAAAAUGCUCCUAUCAGAAAAGCUAGAUGUUUCUCACUCUGAUACCGAGGAGUCGGGGACAGACCAUUCAGGACCCCCUAGCUCAGAGUUUCAGGGGUCCGAUAAGCGAUCCAGAGAAAAAGUAGCCACUGCCCCCCCAAAAGAAAUCCUCUCCAAAAUCUAUAAAGAUGUGUCCGAAAAUGGGCUAGGGAGAGUGUCUAAAGAUGAGCAUUUUGAGAAACUGACAGUGUUGCACUACUCGGGCAGUGUCAGUGGUCCCAAGCAUGCCAUGUGGAUGCAUUUGUCCGAGGACAGACUAGACAGAGGUAGAGAGAAGCUGAUGUAUGAAGAUAGGGUGGACAGGACCGUGAAGGAGGCGGAAGAGAAGUUGACUGAAGUGUCGCAGUUUUUUCGUGACAAAACCGAGAAGCUAAACGACGAACUGCAGUCCCCAGAGAAAAAGGCUCGCCCCAAAAACGGCAAGGACUACUCCUCCCAGAGUUCCACCAGCAGUAGUCCCGAGAAAGUGUUAACGGAGCUGUUAGCAUCCAACGAUGAAUGGGUUAAGGCCAGGCAGCGCGGCCCGGAUGGACAAGGUGUCCCCCAGGCCGAGGACAGGAAGGCACCCAGUGGGUCCAGCAGCCCUGAGAAGAGAGUCCCUACCCAACAGAGCGAGGAUGGCCAGCCCCCAGAGGAAGCCAAAGGGACUGUCAUUGCUCAGGGCAGGGGACAAGAAGGAUCCCAGUCCGGAUUUCAGCUCAAACAAUCUAAACUCAGUUCCAUCAGAUUAAAAUUCGAACAAGGGGCACGUGCCAAAAGUAAGGAUCCAUCUCACGAGGAGAAAAAUCUGGAUGGGCCCUCCCGAAUCCCGGUUAAGAAAACUCAAGAAACCAAGCUGCCCACGCCCCCAGGUUUGGCUAGAGAAAGACAGCAGAAGGCUGUAGAUCCCCCAGAGGAAAGAGUGCUGGUGCAAAAUGAUGUUAUGGCGCUCAAAGCCGAGCAUGCCCAAAGCAAUGAGAUCAUGGCAAGCAAAUCUGGCGCUGGCGAUGGCAGAAGCCACACAACUGAGGUGCUGAGUAAGGCCGUGCCUGACUUCUUUCCCGAGCGGCAGGUUGAAGACUCAGCCUGCCCCAUCACAUCAGAUCUAGAGACCAAGGGACCGUGGGACAGAAAGGUCUUUAGAACCUGGGAAAGUUCUGGGGCCAAUAACACUAAGGCUCAGAAAGAGCAACUCUCUCACGUGCUUGUUCAUGAUAUAAGAGAAAAUCACGCUGGUCGCCCUGACGAUAGCGAGAAUGGUGACCCAAAGAGUGAAUUUAUGUAUGUGACUGAGAGAGAACACAAAAUGUUAACGAACGGCUCUCUCUCAGAAAUUAAGGAAAUGAGUGUAAAAUCUCCCUCCAAGAAAGUGUUAUACAGGGAGUACAUUGUUCAAGAAGGGGACCCUCCCAGCAGCACUCUCGACCAUCCCCCCAGGAGAAGCGAGAGCUCACUAGCAUCUCACAUUCCCAUCAGGGUCACAGAUGAGAGGAGGAUGCUGUCGUCAAACAUCCCUGAUGGGCUUUGUGAGCAGACAACAUUUCCAAAACAAGAACCAUCCCAAAGAGUGUCCCGGCCAAGUAUGAGAGAAGGGGUAGUUGAGAGCCAGCACUUUAACUCCGUAGACGAGGAAAAAGUUACCUAUUCCGAGAUCAGCAAAGUUUCCAAACAUCAGAGUUACCUAGGCCUGUGCCCAGCUCUCGAUGAAACGGAGACCUCCCCCACCAAAUCUCCAGACUCGUUAGAGUUUAGCCCAGGGAAGGACUCUCCCUCUAGUGAUGUGUUCGACCACGGUUCUGUGGAUGGGUUGGAGAAGACAGAGGGCGGGAAAGAGAUCAAAACCUUACCUGUUUAUGUCAGCUUCGUGCAAGUGGGGAAACAGUACGAAAAAGAGCUCCAACCAGGAGGUGUGAAAAAGAUCAUCAGUCAGGAGUGUAAGACGGUGCAGGAAGCCAGGGGGACCUUCUAUACAGCUAGACAGCAAAAGCAGCCUCCUUCUCCCCAGGGCAGUCCAGAAGACGAUACUCUAGAGCAAGUGUCCUUUCUAGACAGCUCUGGGAAGAGCCCUUUGACCCCGGAAACUCCCAGUUCAGAGGAAGUGAGUUACGAGUUCACGUCUAAGACACCAGACUCACUCAUAGCUUUUAUACCAGGACAACCCAGCCCGAUUCCCGAGGUUUCCGAGGAGUCGGAGGAGGAGGAGCCUAAGUCAGCCCCACUGAGGCAGGUGACUGUGGAGAAGCAAGCAGAUCGAGAUGUGAGCAAAGACUCUGUGCAAAGACCCAAAUGUAACCGAGUCGCCUAUAUUGAGUUCCCCCCUCCUCCCCCACUGGACGCUGACCAGAUGGAAUCAGAUAAGAAACCUCAGUGUCUCCCUGAAAGGGAGGUUGACAUGAUGGAGGUCAGCCUUCAGGACGAGUCUGACAAGUACCAGCUGGCCGAGCCAGUCAUCCGAGUGCAGCCCCCGUCACCAGUCCCUCCUGGCGCCGAGGCCAGUGACUCCAGCGAUGACGAGUCCAUGUAUCAGCCAGUCCCAGUUAAAAAAUACACCUUCAAGUUGAAGGAAGUUGACGAGGGGCAGAAAGACACAGCAAAGUCCAAAACCACUGCCACAAAGGCUUCCAAAGAGAAAGAGGUGGACGGUAAUGGGAGAGAGAGCGAAUCUGGCCUUGACUCGCCUCAGAAUGAAACAGCUCAGAAUGGAAACAACGACCAGUCUGUCACGGAGUGUUCCAUCGCGACCACGGCUGAGUUUUCUCAUGACACGGAUGCCACAGAGAUAGACUCUCUGGAUGGCUAUGACCUGCAGGAUGAGGAUGAUGGCCUCACAGAGAGCGACUCCAAACUCCCGAGUCAGAUCGUAGACACCAAGAAGGAUGUCUGGACGGAAGGCAUUCUGAAGCCGGCCGACCGCUCUUUCAGUCAGAGCAAGCUAGAAGUUAUUGAGGAGGAGGAGGGGAAAGUGGGGCUGGACGAAGAGAAACCAUCACCUUCUAAAAGCUCAUCAUCUGACAGAACCCCAGAGAAGGCCGAUCCCAAGUCGGGGGCCCAGUUUUUCACCCUGGAAGGCAGACACCCGGACAGAUCAGUGUUCCCUGAUACCUAUUUCAGUUACAAAGUUGAUGAAGAAUUCGCCACUCCUUUUAAAACAGUGGCGACCAAAGGUCUCGACUUCGACCCUUGGCCCAAUAACCGAGGGGACAAUGAAGUGUUUGACGGUAAAUCUCGGGAAGAUGACACUAAGCCAUUUGGUCUGGCGGUGGACGACCGCUCGCCGGCAACCACCCCUGACACAACGCCAGCCAGAACACCAACUGACGAAAGUACCCCAACUAGUGAGCCUAACCCCUUCCCAUUUCAUGAAGGAAAAAUGUUUGAGAUGACUCGCAGUGGUGCAAUUGACAUGAGCAAGAGAGAUUUUGUGGAAGAGAGGCUCCAAUUUUUCCAGAUUGGUGAGCAUACUCCUGAAGGGAAGUCAGGGGCCCAGGGGGAAGGGGAUAUGGUCACUGAUGAUACCCCACAGCCACAGUCAGGGGACACCUCAGUAGACACCAAUCUAGAGAGAGAUGUAGAGGCACCUCCAGUCGACCCCAACCCCAGCACCCCGACCAACGGAGAGUGUCAGGAGGGCACAGCCUGUAGUGGCUCUCUGGAGAAGUCGGCAGCGGCCACUAACACCUCAAAAGUUGACCCCAAGUCACGCACACCUAUAAAAAUGGGAAUUUCUGCAUCUACCAUGACCAUGAAGAAAGAAGGUUCUGGAGAAGUGACAGAUAAGACAGAGGCUGUGGUGACCAGUUGUCAGGGAUUAGAAAACGACACCGUGAAAGAGAUCUCAAGCGCCCCCACUAGCCAGGUGGGCGUUAGGCCCCAAGAGAAACACGAUUUUCAAAAAGAUAACUUUAAUAACAACAAUAAUCUGGAUGCUUCCAUGAUGCAGACAGAUAACAAGAGCACAAGUCAUGUAGUUCUGACAGGACGCGCUGCAUCCACUUGCACCACAGAGAAAGCUAAUCCAGUGAAAGGCUCAGGAAAGAGUCCAGGGACUCAAGGACACGCCAGCAGAGAUUCUCGGAAGGAACCGGUAGGGGUUAGGCGGAAAUCCAAGCUUCCCGUAAAGGCCACCGCACCAAAAGAUGUCUUCCUGCCAAACCAUAAGCCAGACAGUAAAACAGGUAAACCGAGGCAGGGUGGUCAAUAUGAGAAACACAAAGCCCUUCCUACUUCUUCAUGUAUAGAUGCCAAGUCCCGAAUUCCAGUCAAAAACACACACAGGGAGAACCUAGUUUCAGUCAGAAAAGCAUGCGCCACACAAAAGCGAGGGCAGCCAGAGAAAGGCAAGGCCAAACAGCCUCCAUCCAAGUUGCCAGUAAAGGUAAGAUCCACCCGUGUCACCGUCACCACCACCAACACCACCGCCACCACCACCACCACCACCACCACCACCACCGUUAAAGUUACAGAAAGUCAGCUUAAGGAGGUAUGUAAACAUCCCAUUGAAUAUUUUAAGGGAAUUAGUGGCGAGACCCUAAAACUUGUGGACCGCCUCACUGAAGAAGACAAAGAGAUGCAAACGGAGUUGUCUGAUGAGGAAGAAAGUACCUCAAGGAACACGUCGUUGUCCGAGACUUCCCGGGGCGGCCAGCCUUCAGUUACCACGAAGUCUGCUAGAAAUAAGAAAACAGAGGCACCGCCCUUAAAAUCAAAGAGAGGAAAGGCCGGCAGUAGGAGGACUGGUCCACAGAGUCCUUGUGAGCGGACGGACAUCAGGAUGGCAAUAGUAGCCGAUCACCUGGGACUUAGUUGGACAGAGCUGGCAAGGGAACUGAAUUUUUCAGUGGAUGAAAUCAACCAAAUACGUGUGGAAAAUCCCAAUUCUUUAAUUUCUCAGAGCUUCAUGUUAUUAAAAAAGUGGGUGACCAGAGAUGGAAAGAAUGCCACAACUGAUGCCUUAACUUCAGUCUUAACGAAGAUUAACCGAAUAGACAUAGUGACUCUGCUGGAAGGACCAAUAUUUGAUUAUGGGAAUAUUUCAGGCACCAGAAGCUUUGCAGAUGAAAACAAUGUUUUCCAUGACCCAGUUGAUGGUCACCCUUCCUUUCAAGUGGAGCUGGAGACCCCCAUGGGGUUGUACCGCACACCACCCAGCCCUUUCCAGCAAGAUGACCAUUUUAGUGAUAUCUCUAGCAUAGAGUCUCCCUUUAGGACCCCCAGUAGACUGAGUGAUGGGCUGGUGCCUUCCCAGGGAAACAUAGAGCAUCCAGCAGCGGGUGGACCGCCAGUGGUAACCGCGGAGGACACGUCUUUAGAAGACAGCAAAAUGGACGAUUCCGUAACUGUAACAGAAACGGCCGACCCACUGGACGUAGAUGAGAGCCAGUUGAAGGACCUGUGUCAGAGCGAGUGUGCUCAGUGCUGGGCAAGUGAGCCCGGGGUCCCAAACGACGGUCGGCAGGCAGAGCCACUGAGACGGCAGACUAGAAAAGUAGGCAUGAGCUCUGAACAUCAGGAGAAAGGAAAAUCUGGUCCUGAUGAGGAGGUGACAGAAGACAAGGUCAAAUCUCUGUUUGAGGACAUUCAACUUGAAGAAGUAGAGACUGAGGAGAUGACAGAAGACCAGGGGCAGGCUAUGCUUAACCGUGUGCAGCGAGCAGAACUGGCAAUGUCUUCACUUGCAGGUUGGCAGAACGAGACGUCAGGUGGAAGCCUAGAGUCCCCAGCGCAAGCUCGAAGGAUAACCGGUGGGUUACUGGACCGUCUGGAUGACAGCUCUGACCAGGCUCGGGAUUCCAUUACCUCAUACCUCACGGGAGAACCUGGCAAGUUCGAAGCUAACGGAAACCACACGGCGGAAGUCAUUCCAGAAGGGAAGGCAAAACCCUACUUCCCGGAAGCCCAAAACGAUGUAGGGAAACAGAGUGUCAAGGAGAACCUGAAACCAAAAACACACCGAUGUGGUCGCGCUGAGGAACCGGUGUCGCCCCUCACGGCCUACCAGAAAUCUCUAGAAGAAACCAGCAAGCUUGUCAUAGACGACGCACCUAAACCCUGUGUGCCUGUCGGCAUGAAAAAGAUGACCAGGACUACGGCUGACGGCAAAGCCAGGCUCAACCUCCAGGAAGAAGAGGGGCCCACCAGGUCAGAGCCUAAGCAGGUCAAAAGCCCGGGUGAAGCCUUUACGCGGAUGACCACCUGCUGUUACAAGGACUUGAGAAACAGUGAGAGCGAUUCAAGCUCAGAGGAGGAGCGGAGGGUCACAACCCGGGUCAUACGAAGGCGUGUGAUUAUAAAGGGGGAGGAAGCCAAAACCAUCCCCGGUGAAUCUGUCACAGAAGAGCAAUUUACCGAUGAAGAAGGCAACCUCAUCACUAGAAAAAUCACUCGGAAAGUAAUAAGACGGAUUGGUCCGCAAGAGAGGAAGCAGGAUGAUGUGCAGGGAGAAGGCUAUAAGGUGAAGACCAAGAAGGAAAUCCGCAACGUGGAGAAGAAAACCCACUAGUGACCAUGACGUCAGUCCAGGACCACGUGUUCGUACUGCCAGUAUUGAGACACUCACCAGAGGUCAGCAGGAAGGAAGCUAGUCACCAAGAAUGGAGUGUGGGUCAGCUGCUUCCACACGUCAAUGACAUAAUUUUUUUUUUUUAACACAGAAGGAUAAAGAAAAUCACAUUUUUUUUUUUAAAUUUAGCAUGAGCCAAUCUACAGAGCAUGGAAACUCACAUUCAUUCCCGGCACUGACAUGCGUGCACUGAGCAGGCGCAGUGCAAGACACAGGAAGCCAUGUUGUUCAGACUCGGUCUCAAGUACUUUGGUGUCAUUUUCAAAGAAGACAGACAAACAACACCUGUGCCGCCCAGGACAGCAGAGGAUGGAACGAUCCAAUCCAGAAGACACACUAAAAUUACUAAAUCCACAACAGCUCGCCUUAUUUUUCUUGGACCCAAACUAACUGUCAGGGUAUAAACACUGUCUCUUUUUUUUUUUUUAAAGAAAAAUAAUAAUAAUAAAAAAAUCAAUAGUUUUGCUGUAAAUAAUAACACUGUAAAUUCUAACAGAAGAAACUACAAUAAAGAAUUAUAAGGCACCUGCCUCACAGAACCACAAAGAUAUCACAAACCAUCCAAGGACAGGCGUCCCAAGUGACUUCACCCUGGACAAGGACGGGGGAUCCGGCGCUCUCCGGGGGUGGGGUGGGGGGGGCUCUUUCACUGAUUCUUGUAUAUUAGCAAUUAUGAUGUUUGUACACACAAAACUGCUAGCUUGAUUUUAAAAAGAAAAUGCAAACCUUUAAAAAGGAAAAAAAAACCUGCUGCAAAUUUAAAUAAUUCCCCAAACGAGGAAUUCUGUAGUUCUGUGAAAAAAAAGAUUUUUUUUCUUCAGAAUACUAAUAUUUUGAUGCAUGCAUAUCACCUUAUUUUGAUUAAACCUUUUCCAAUUUUGCAAACACUACAGUCUCCUGCAACACACGGGAGAUUUUAUCUGUAAACACAAAGCCCUUCAUCUAAUAUUUAUUGCUAUUGCCAAUUUUUCAAUGAAAU